GAAGCCCUUACCAGCCCAUAAUUGAAGCAUUAGGAAACUACCCACAAAAGAAGUUCUACAAUGUCUCAAAGCUUGGAGGCACCAAGUAUGAAACUCUGCCUUACUCCAUACGAGUGUUGUUUGAAUCCAGUAUCCGUAACUGUGAUGGCUUCUUGGUGAAAGAAACAGAUGCUAUGAACAUCUUAGACUGGAAAACAAAACAGAACAAUGUUGAAGUGCCCUUCUGUCCUGCCAGAGUUGUUCUUCAAGACUUCACUGGAAUUCCAGCAAUGGUGGAUUUUGCUGCCAUGAGGGAAGCUGUGAGAAAUGCUGGAGGAGAUCCUGUGAAAGUCAAUCCUGCCUGUCCAACUGAUCUCACUGUUGACCAUUCUUUGCAGAUUGAUUUCAGCAAAUGUGCAAUACAGAAUGCUCCAAAUCCCGGAGGUGGCGAUUCACAGAAGCCGAUGGCAAAGCUUUCUCCACUCAAGGCGCAGUCUCGGAAGCUGCCUUGCAGGGGUCAGACUGGCUGCAAGGGGCCGUGUAGCGCCGGAGAUUCAAGUCGCAACGCGGGACAAUUUUCUGCGCAGAUUGAGAACACCCCUAUCCUCUGUCCUUUCCAUCUGCAGCCUGUGCCUGAGCCUGAGACAGUAUUGAAAAAUCAAGAGAUGGAAUUUGGCAGAAACAGAGAAAGACUUCAGUUUUUCAAGUGGAGUUCAAAAGUUUUCAAGAACAUUUCCAUAAUUCCACCUGAGACUGGAAUGGCACACCAAGUUAACUUGGAAUAUUUGUCAAGAGUUGUUUUUGAAGUUAAAGAUUUCCUAUAUCCAGAUAGCGUGGUUGGCACAGAUUCUCACACAACCAUGGUAAAUGGUUUGGGUAUCUUGGGUUGGGGUGUUGGGGGGAUUGAAACAGAAUCAGUAAUGCUGGGGCUGCCGGUUACUCUGACUUUGCCUGAGGUGGUUGGGUGUGAACUGACGGGCACAGCCAGUCCACUUGCUACAUCCAUAGAUAUUGUUCUGAGCAUUACAAAGCAUCUUAGGCAAGCUGACGUUGCUGGAAAGUUUGUUGAGUUUUUUGGGAGUGGAGUUUCCCAGCUGUCUGUAGCAGACCGAACCACGAUAGCAAAUAUGUGUCCUGAAUAUGGUGCUAUUCUGAGCUUUUUCCCUGUUGAUAAUGUGACACUGAAGCACUUAAAGCAUGCAGGUUUUGACAAGGCCAAGCUUGAGGUCAUGGAAGCCUAUCUUAAAGCUGUGAAGUUAUUUAGAAAUGACGAGAGCUCUUCCAGAGAACCUGAAUAUUCCCAGGUAGUACAAAUUAGUCUAAGUUCUAUAAUUCCUUAUGUCAGUGGCCCCAAGAGGUCCCAAGACAGAGUGGCUGUUAAUAACAUGAAAAGUGACUUCCAAGCCUGCUUAAAUGAAAAGUCUGGUGUUAAAGGGUUUCAGAUUGCAGCUGAGAAACAGAAUGACAUUGUACCUGUUCAGUAUGAAGGAAACGAAUACAAGCUAUCUCACGGCUGCAUUGUCAUUGCUGCAGUAAUCAGCUGUACAAAUAAUUGUAAUCCAUCUGUCAUGCUUGCUGCAGGACUCCUGGCCAAAAAAGCUGUUGAAGCUGGCCUAGUGGUUAAGCCAUACAUAAGAACAAGUUUAUCACCGGGCAGUGGCAUGGUUACGCAUUACCUCAGUUCCAGCGGAGUACUACCGUACCUCAGUAAGCUUGGGUUUGAGGUUGUUGGUUAUGGAUGUUCAACCUGUAUUGGGAACACUGCCCCCUUGCCAGAAGCCAUCAGGAAUGCAAUAAAACAG